AUGGAGCGAGAAUCUAAUCCAAUGCAAGCUCUGUGCCGCAGCGGCUGUGGAUUUUAUGGCUCCCCAGCCACGGAUGGCCUCUGUUCUCUCUGUUACAAAGAAAAUCUAAAAAAGAAGCAGCAGCCUCCUGUGUCAGCUGCCACUGUACCAACAUCACAGACCGUCUCUGGCAACGCUGGCACGUUGCAAGCUGGUUUUGGUAGUCCUGCAGCUACAGGAACUACGGCUCAACCUACCAUUCCUACCAUACCUCAGUCAACGACAGAUCUACCCAACCCCAAAGAAAUAAAUAGAGAAGAUCAAGAAAGUGAAGUAGGUGUAAGCAGUGGAGCAGUAGCAGAAGGAUCUGUGAGUAGUGGUGAUGCAGAUGACUGCUUUGAUGGCAAAGAGACUGACAAAGAAUCUAAGAAGAAGAAAAAUCGUUGCGCCGUGUGUCGCAAAAAAGUUGGUUUGACGGGAUUCGAAUGCCGUUGUGGGGGACUGUUCUGCUCUGUGCAUCGAUACAGUGACAAGCACGAUUGCAAGUUCGAUUAUAGAGAAAUGGGCGCUCAAGAGAUUCGGCGCAACAAUCCAGUUGUUGUUGGUGAAAAAGUGCAAAAAAUUUGA